UGUAACUAAAGAAUUUGAAUGUAAAACAUGUGAUAGACACUAUUAAAAAUACACUUCUCUUUUGUAAUUACUUUAAUUAGUGAUACGUUUUCAAAUAUAUACCUUACAUUCAUUACUUUUUGUAAAUAUUGUAUUGCUCUAAAAAUGGCUGCCAUACACCGAGAAGCUAUCCAGAAGCAAAUUCAACAGGACUGGGCAAAUCGUGAAUAUAUUGAAGUUAUAACUGGUAGCAUUAAAAAGAUAACGGAUUUUCUCAAUUCUUUUGAUAUGUCUUGCAGAUCAAGAAUAGCUGUCCUUAAUGAAAAACUCACAACACUUGAAAGAAGAAUUGAAUAUCUUGAGGCAUGUCAUUAAGAAAUAGAGCGUUAAUGAUUGCGAUGACAACUUGCCUUCGUCUAUAUCAGAGCCGCUCAAGCAGGCCUGUUCCGGGCAUGGGCACCUGGCGUUGCUCUCGGAAAGUGCUGUGGGCAAAACUAGGGGCAAGUGACAUCGACAGUCAUUAAAGCUAAGUAGGGAACAACGGUUAUGGUGGGAGUGUAGGCUGUAUCUUCAAAGCAUAAUUCUCAAUCUUAGGCCGGGUGAUUACUACUACAUUCAUACAGUGCCCUACCACAAGAUCAUUGCUCCAGAAGGCAUGGCUUACUACCCGAGUAUCGCUGUGUACUCGAGCUAGCCUGAUCACUGCCCCAUGGGCAACUUGCUGAGCGGCUCUGGUCUAUACUAUUGUCACACGAUACUCGUAAAUAUCGUUAGAAUAACUUGGCAUAGACUAAAAUAGGGAAACAGU